UCACUUGGGUGGAAAUAAGCAAUAUUCAUUUUAACGUAAUCAUCGCGAUAUAUCAAGUUCCCAUACUAGGACUAGGCAUUAUUAAACAGUUCAUAGCCAGCUGUCAAAGUUGUCAAAAAGACCGACCAAUAGGAAUUGACGAUACUUAAUUUCGGGAGCCAAUCAGCGUUCUUUGCUUUUCCAGGUCCUACCUGGCUAGCUCUCUCUGGCUGGGGCUCUGCAGAAUAUCUGUAAAAGCAGGACUAUUCCUUUAAACAUGUUCCUCCAGGGAUUUCAGGCCGAAUCAAACACCAAAACUGCUUCUUAUUUCAUCUAGCGGCAGGUUACAUUUACAAUUAUGGAGGUUUAAGAGGGUAAAGCGUUUUGGGGGGAAGGGGUCUUUCCCCUCAAACUGGAUGGACUGAUUGAUGGACUUUUGAGGUGGUUUCUGAGUUUUGCUGCCUUUUGCACACCAAGCUAGACUAGAGGACUAUUACAAAGAAAGUAUUUUUGCAAAACUGAGAAUAUAUGUUUGUAAAAUUUUGUACAGAAAGAAAAAUAGCCAAAUAUUUAUCAGUUAAUGAUGCCACUGAUGUUUUUUCCAGCACUGUGUUGUGUGGGUCACGUUGUUGAUAUGGUGGACUGAGGCAAGGUUUACAUUCACCCGGGGGUUGCUAGGGUGCGGUGGAAACCCAACACUUGCACAAUUCUAGCACCCCAAACUUUGAACAGAGGGCCCUUUUUGUUUAAUGUUGUCUUUUUUUCUUCUUCUUCUUUUCUUCCAAGUGUGGCUACGUUUACUUUUUUUCCCGUCAGAUUUUCAUUUUGAUUCUCACCAAAGCUUGUGGGUGAGCUGGUAAAACUGUGGUGAAGUAGGGCAGAUUUUUAUUUGCUGGGGGGAAAAGAGUGCAGUGAGGUGUUCUGAGUAAGGGAGUAAGAUGAGUUUGGUAACUCCAGACUGCACACCAAAAUGCCAUUCACCACGUCAUGCCGAGGUGAUAGUGGCUGCUCUGACCAGUGGCUCAGAAGGACAGCUAAAGACCUUCCUGUCAUCUUACUGCCAUAAUGCUGCCACUCUGAAGGAUGAGUUUGGCCGCACAGCACUCCAUCUCUCUGCUUCCCUGGGAAAACGGGCCUUGCUUGAAUGGCUUCUGGACAGCAAGAGUGCUGAGCUGUUGUUGAAGGAUAAGGAGUCAGGCUGGACGGCUCUUCAUCGCAGUAUUUUCUAUGGACAUGUUCACUGUCUUAUGGCCCUCGUCAAGCGUGGUGGUUCACUCUCCAUUCUGGAUAAGGAGGGACUCUCCGUUUUGGAUCUAACCAUGAAGGACCGCCCAGCUCAUGUUGUGUUUCAGAGUAGUGAUCCCACUGAGGUGUACACCUGGGGUAACAAUACUAACUUCAGCCUUGGACAUGGAAACCAGGAGAGCAGACACAAUCCUGAGAUUGUGGACCUGUUUGCACGAACUGGAGUUUAUAUUAAGCAGGUGGUUGUGUGCAAGUUCCACUCUGUCUUUCUUUCCCAGAAGGGUCAAGUUUACACUUGCGGUCAUGGACAGGGAGGACGUCUUGGACAUGGGGAUGAACAGACGUACUUGGUUCCCCGUAUGGUGGAGGGACUGGUCUCCCAUCACUGCUCGCAGGUUGCUGCAGCAAGAGAUCACACAGUGGUUCUGACUGAGGAGGGUUAUGUUUAUACUUUUGGUCUCAACACCUACCACCAGCUGGGCCUGACACCUCCGGCUGCCAGCCAAGUGCCCAAACAGGUGACAUCUAAGUGUUUGAAAGGAAAGAAUGUGGUUGGUGUUGCUGCUGGAAGGUUUCACACAGUUCUGUGGACGAGAGAUGCAGUCUACACUGUGGGACUGAAUGGAGGACAGCUGGGCUACCUGCUUGACCCAAAUGGGGAGAAGUGUGUGACUGUGCCUCGGCAGGUAUCUGCUCUACACCACAAGGAUGCUACCAUCGCCAUGGUUGCAGCCAGUAACGGGGCUACUGUGUGUUUAUCUGAAAAAGGGGAUAUCUAUUUGCUUACUGAAUACCAGUGCAAGAAGUUGGCCUCUAAGCAGCUAAACAUCAAGAAGGUUCUUGUAACUGGUGGCACUUUGGACCAUCGGGUAGACCCCCACCUCCUAAACGAGAGUGGUGGAGAAAAGAUAUCCAUCUUGGCCCUGGAUGAGAUCGGCAGGGUGUUCUGUUGGCGCGCUGUGGGUACUUCUUUAAGACAGUGCAGGUGGGCCUAUGGGCGACAAGUUUUCAUGUCGGACAUCGCCAUUGGCAAGAACAAAAUGAUGUUCAUAACGCAGGAUGGAGAGGGCUUUAGUGGCCAGUGGCUUGGUGAAUACAAGAAGGGUAUGGAUAAAAAAGAGGUGUGCGCUCAUUCUGACAGUGGAAGUCUGUAUGAGCGGAUUCGACUGGAAAGGUUACCCUACAUUCAUCGAGCUGUUAGCAUUACUAUGGACUCUAAGGGCCGGAACUAUGGGGUGCUCCAGUCUGAUCCCAAAACCAGCAUGUAUGAAGUCCCUAAUGUUUCAGCCUCCUUAUUCACCCGGCACUUCCAGCAGCUCAUGGUUGAAGCUGAUGAGACAGACAGCAUUCAUGAUGUCACCCUUCAGGCUGGUGAUCGUGUCUUUCCAGCUCACAAGUACAUUCUGUCUAUGCGUUCCGAGUUUUUUCGCAAGCAACUCCUGCCAGAGGCUGGCCAGCGAGAUGAGGAUGGUGGGGAGGUGAGGAGAAGCAUGGACGCUGUGGGCUGUGACCUUCUGGUGCUGGAAAUGAUCUCACCUGAUUUGCUAGAGCAAGCAUUGCAUUUCAUCUAUACAGACUCGUGUGAGAUGCUGGUGCAUGGUGCAAGGCCAACAAUCUCAAGCCUUAGCCAUGGCCCUGGGCAGAAGCAGGAGCAGCAGCAGAUAAUCUGUAACCUGCAGGAUCUGAAUGUCAGUGGACGCUCUGCUCUGGAAAUCUACCGAUCCCUGCCUGCCUCAGUUCACGGCCAGGAAGAAAAGCCAAAGAGCAAAAGUGCCAAAUCGGGGAAGAAGGACAAAAGUGGCAGUGCUAAUGAAACUAUCCACAAUCCUGUGAAAAUGCUGCAAGGAUUAGCCAAGAAACUGGGUUUGGGUAGUCUCUCUGCAAGGCUCGAUGGAGUAAAGUAUGAAAAUGGGCAAAUCAAUGUGUUGCAAAAGAAGAGUGGCAACAGACCAAAAUUCUGCCUAAAGAAAUGCCCCUACCUCUGUGACGUCACCUUGAGGUCUGAGGAUGGGAAGGAGUUCCCCUGUCACAAAUGCAUUCUGUGUGCCCGACUGGAGUAUUUUAACAGUAUGUUGGGAAAUCCCUGGAUUGAGUCUACUAGCUGUACUGGACUAGAGAUGCCAACCAGUGCCAAGGUCUUGCAGGUCAUACUGGAGUACAUCUACACAGACGAUUCUCCCACUAUCAGAGAGUCUCUGAGUGUGGAGUUUGCAUGCAGUGUCCUGGUAGUGGCUGAUCAGCUGCUCAUCACUCGGUUGAAGGAGAUAUGUGAAGUGGCCAUUACUGAAAACCUUACUCUGAAGAAUGCUGGAGAGCUACUGGAGUUUGCUGUAAUGUACAAUGCUGAGCAGCUUAAACUCUCCUGCCUUCAGUUUAUUGGUCUCAACAUGGCUUCCUUGCUGGAGUUAAAGGCCCUGGAGAUCUUGAGUGAUGAUGUGUUAUUGGAGCUGUCUGAAUCAUAUAGGAAAAUGAUUCCAGCCAUGCAGAGACGACAUAUCACGCCCUACCUCAGUGCCCCUGAUCUGAGUGCCUAUGAAGACAUGAGCCUCGAUUCGACCACCAGCUGUAAAACCAGCCCUGAACAGGAGCAUUCAUACAAUGAUGGUCUGAUGAAGAAAACUAAGGUCAAGUCUAAGAAGAAACCACGUCGCCGCUUGGAUAGCUCAGGAGGAUACAACCUAUCAGAUAUCAUCCAGAGUUCACCCACUGAAGUCAUUCAGAGUCCACCCUCUGUUGGUUUGGUAGACUCCAGGAAAGCUUGCUCAGUGGAAUCUCUGCACGAGCUGAUCACAUCUGAUUCUGAGGGCAGUUAUAUUGGAGUGGGCAGCCCUCGAGACCUUCAGUCACCAGUCUUUCAGGACAGACCCUAUGUUCAGGAAAAGUCAGAGCAUGUUGCCUGCAAGACCCCUCCCAGCACUCCAAACUGGAAGAAAGGAUCUUUGCCAGUUAAGUGCUCCUCUCCUGCACCCAUCCCAAGGGCUAAAGCAAGUCCAUCUUGCCCGGCACCUGUUCUGGAUCUCAGGGCCAUUAUGGAGAUGGAGGCCAACUCGCUGAACCUUGGAGCCACUCCAAAAAGCCCUGGCUUCUCUGGAAACAGCAGUAAACCUUCGAUCAUCCCCACUAAAUUGUCUCAGAAGCAGAGGAAGAUGAUGGCUAUGGCUACAAGAGAGUCCAGUGUUGAUGGAUCAUCUGCCAAGUCUCCCCCUGGAGUUGCUUUAGUUAAGCCUGCAAAGGGCUGGGCAACAGCGGUACAGUCCCCUCCUUCAUCACUGUCUUUUCGAGAUUUGUUAAUGGAGGAGGAGCAGCGUGAUAAAUCAUCUGCAACUCUUGCAGUGGGUACCGGGAGUCCGGCGAGUACUUUUGGCACAGCCACUUGUGCCAAAAAAGUGACCUUUAAGUCUGCUGAUCCUGGCAGUGCUGGCAAACCUGCAGGGCCAUGGGUGCUUGGACAAGUGGGCAGUCCACUGGCUGCUACUGCAAUCACCUUUGCAUCCAUUGUUGAAGAGGAGAAGCAGCAGGAAGCUGCACUAAUCCGCAGUCGGGAAAAGCCUCUGGCACAGAUACAGAUUGAGGAGCGAGCAAUUCAGGACUUGCUGGUACACUACAGUGCUUUAAACAACCCAGAUGAACUCAUCAUAGUGGAGAGAUCUGCCCAGGGCCCUAUCGCCACCCCUACCUGGAACAAACAUUCAAAUUAGCCCACAUACCGCCUGUCUCUUAAUUGUCAGCUACACCACUUUGUGUUUUUCAGGCCAUUAUAAUGUGUACCUUGGCUGUAAAACUGGAUCAGUAGGUUUUCUUUUUCCUUGUCUUGCUUUAAUGUUCGAAAGCUUUAUCUUUUUGCUAAUAAUUAUUAAAUCUAAUGAAGAAAGACUGAAACGGUCAUGUAAUUGUGGACUAUAAAUUUGGAGACCGAAAGAUUGUGCUGCCGUAUUAUCCCUUACAUAUAUCACAGUUUACAAUGAUGUGUAAUUGGUUAUUAGAAAUUUGUUUUUUGUUUUCUUGCUAAGCAUACAUAGACACUGCGCUUCAAGGUUGUUACAAGACAGUGUGAAUGUUAACUAAAGCCUUUAAAGUGUUUGUUUUUAGGGGUUUUUGUGGUGAUCAUUAUGGGGCAGUUUAUCCUGGAAGUGGCAUGCAAUAAAUAAAGAACUUGUGCACUAGUA